AUGGCUGUGUCUGAGACACAGCUGUAUGCAAAGGUGUCCAACAAGCACAGGAGCAAAAGCACCUCUCUACUCCUCGAGUCUCUCCUCGCCAAAGGAUUCCCAGCUCAUACCGCGCAAAAGGCCUUGGCUGCUACUGGACAGAAGACAGUAGAAGAUGCUACAAAAUGGCUGCACUCCCACUGCAAUGAUCCUUCUUUGGAUGAUCCCAUCCCUCAGGAGUAUGCCCUUUACCUGUGUCCCACUGGCCCUUUCCACAACCACCUGCAAGAGUUUUGGAAGGAGAGCAAGCGCCAGUGUGGGAGAAACAGAGCCCACGAGAUUUUUCCACACAUCACUCUCUGUGAUUUCUUCACGUGUGAAGACCAGAAAGUGGAAAUAUUGUAUGACACCUUAAAGCGAGUCAGUGACAGCUUCUCACAGUGCUUCCCACCAUCUAUUUCUCUAGCCCUACAUUCAUCCACCAGCUACCUUGGCUUCUUUGUUGAUGACAGCCAUGCAAAUAUCCUCAAAGAAUUCGCCAUGGCUUUCUCAUCAGAGGCUUCAACCCUGGCAGAUUGCCACGUGAAGCCCUGCCUAAAGCAGCUCCACCUUACCUUAGCUCAUAAGUUUUAUCCUCAUCAUCAGAAAACUUUGGAACAGUUGGCCAAAUGCAUUAACCCGGGGGAGACCUGCCAGUGGGUAGCUGCUCUCUACUCGCGGGACAUGCGUUUUGUGCAUUACCAGACGCUGAGGGCCCUCUUCCAGUACAAGCCCCAGCACAUUGAUGAACUCAUGAUCAAUACUGGGGACUUCAUCUACGUUGACCCAUCGCAGCAGUGUGAUGUGUGCGAAGGCUGGGUGAUUGGGACCUCGCAUCGGACUGGCUGCAGGGGUUUUCUUCCAGAAAACUACACUGAGAGGGCCAGUGAGUCAGACACAUGGGUGAAGCACAGGGAAUAUGUUCUUGCAACGACUCGAAGAUGCUUAACCCAAACCAAAAAUGAGCCUAAUGAAAAACUGAAUGGAAAAGUCCCUAGUUCUAGUAUGUCAAGAAGCCUAACCAAUGUACUCCCUCUGCAGCUGUCUCAGGGCACCCUGCGAAGAGCCGUGCUGGUGAUGCGCCAUGGGGAAGGAGUCGAUCAGGUCUUCGGCAAAUCUUGGCUUCAACAGUGUUUAACUGCAGAUGGAAAAUACUACAGAGCAGAUCUGAACUUCCCUCCUACACUGCCGAGGCGGAAAGACAGCGUAAAACAUUUUGAAUGUGAUCCUCCUUUAUCUUGCUGUGGUGUUUUCCAGUCAAGGCUUACAGGGGAAGCUCUGCUGGACCAAGAGGUGAUAGUCAACUACAUCUACUCGUCACCUGCACUCCGCUGCGUACAGACAGCUCAGCAUGUACUGCAGGGGCUUAAAUUGGAUCAUAAAAUCAAAAUUAGGGUGGAACCAGGUUUGUUUGAGUGGACCAAGUGGGAAGCAAGCAGAGUAAUUCCUAACUUCAUGACUGUGACAGAACUGGCAGAAGCCUCUUACAAGAUAGACACAAGUUACAGGGGUAACUUCUUGCUCUCUUCUCUGAUGCCAUCAGAAAGUUAUGAAGAAUAUGUAAGCAGAAGCUGUGCAGUUAUAAAACAAAUCAUCGCUGCCUGCUCCAGCAAAGGUGUCAUCCUCAUUGUGGGCCAUGGCUCCUCCUUGACAUCUCUCACCCGACCUCUGACAGGGCUUCCCACCAGAGACAGCAGCAACUUUGCCCGGGUGGUAAGAAAGAUCCCUUCACUGGGCAUGUGUUUUUGUGAAGAGAUGAAAGAGGAGAACAAAUGGCAGAUGGCCAACCCACCAGUACAGACAUUAACUCAUGGAGCAAAUGCAGCUUUUAACUGGAGAAAUGGUAUCAUGGAAGAUUAAGAAGGCCACAUCUGCCUUUGCAGUCAUCAGAAGUGAGCCAAAGGCAGGUUGUGGCUCAGCACAGCCCAGUGGUUCAGCCAGAAGACUUCCAGAAAGUGGGAAUUAUCCUCUGAGUCCUCAAAGCACAGAAAAAUACUUUCAGAUUUGGUGCCUGAAUGUUGGUUUUGUUUUGGUGGCUGACAAGAAGGAACCUAGGAACUGAUGUACAAGUGAGAAACAACUCUUCUGGUGGUGAAGGAAGAAGCACCUUUUAACCUGAGAACAGCAAUGCUUGAUAAGGACAGAACUACCUGAUCAUAAAUCCUACUGCUAAAGGCACUAAACUAGACACUGCUGCAUUUUCAGGACUAAACUGCAUCCAGUAAGGAUUGCCUUUUUUCAUGUACUUGGAUAUUUUCAGAC